ACUCCCGUCAAAUGAUGCCAAGAAAAGUCUCUGGUGUUUACAGCUGCCGGCGGUGCCAAACAAACGAAGAGGGCCAGGGUGCUUAUCCAGGCGGGCAACAGAUUAAUGCUGAUUAACUCGCUGACAGGACAGGAAGCCGCACAUGGAAGGCAUGCUCGCCCGGCCUCUCCGUCUGACCGUUUCUGUUCGCGGCCGAGAUGAGGACGCGCCGAGAGCCCGAGACCGGCGAUUUCGUAACCUAAUCUCCCUUUUCCACCGUAAACCCGGGUUAAUCCCGCGCGCUCUAUAUAUACGACCGCCAUCGGCGCCACUCGCAACAGGCAACAAAGCUCCUUUAUCUUCUCGUCUGUCGAGCUUUCAGCGAGCCCAAGGAGAGAGCAACGCACAAGAAACACACGAUCGAGCUGGUGAGCAGCGCCGAUGGCUGGAACGGAGUGGUGCUGGCCGCUGCCGGCGUGGAUGGGCUCCGGCGCGGCGUGGUUCGUGGCCCUCAACCUCGUCGUGGGCGCCAUCUUCGCCCUGUCGUCGCGUGCGCAGCCGCAGUCGCCCUCGCCGCGCCGCGCCGGGAGCGGGGGCGGGAUCACGCGCAGGGCCUCGUCGGCGGUGCUGCAGCGCAUCCGUUCCUUCAGCAUCUUCUCCUUCCCGUCCUCGUGCUUCCACACCGCGGAGCCUAGCCCGGGCGCCACCGCCGCGGCCACCUUCCGAGAAACAGAGGACGCCGGGACGCCGACCAGGAGGUCGCCAGCUACACCGCGUGACCGUGUACCACGCCCACACGCGACGGCAGAGCCGGCGAAAGAGGACGCCGUGGAAGACGAGAACUCGAUGAGCAUGGACGAGGCGUACGCGCUCGCCCUGGCAGGGCGGCAGCGGGCGCCGCCGACGGAGGAGGAGGCGGCCGGGUCCGAGGUGGACGCCAAGGCGGAGGAGUUCAUCCAGGGGUUCAAGGAGGACCUCAGGCAGCAGCGCCUCAACUCCAUCUUCAACUACACCCAGAUGCUCAAGCGCCGCGCCGCCGGCGGCCAGCCGCCUGCCGCACCAGAAUGAUACCGUCGCAUCGCAAGUAUGGUUGUUGGUCUGAUCGUUCCGCCUCCGUGAUUGGCUCACGUGAUGGUUGAAAGUUCAGGCCAACUCAGGAUUGACUUGCUGUCCUGGACGUCGCCGCCGGCACAGCGGCCGGUCUGGUCCACCAUUGAUUUCACAUGUUCAUUGCUCAUUUUUAUUUUUAUUUUCUUUAGAGAGGAUUGCUUGGUGUGUUUGUUUUUAAAAAAGGGAGAGCUAGCCUUUUUGAGUUGCUUGCUCCCGUGCACAUUGGCUUUUUGGUUGUGGGUUUGUGCAGAUUGCUUCUUGUGGGUUUCGUAUUUAUUGGCUUGCACUCCUGUACAUAGGCAUUUUGGAUUGGCUUAUGUGCACUCCAUGCCGUUUUCUUUUGUUGUAAGCACAUUCUUUUAUUUGUUUGUAUGUAUAACCUGAAAGUCCACAGUCAAUUUAUUUGUUGCAACUUGGUAUUCUA